AUGGCCGAACAAAAAUUGCGUGAUGCGCCCGGUCUACUGCGCAAGCAGCGGGUCAAUGGGGAGGUCCCAUUGCCAAAGGAUGGAGAGCCAAACGUUUUGAUCACUUCUGCGCUUCCGUACUGCAAUAACAUGCCACACCUGGGGAACAUCAUUGGGAGUACUCUGAGUGCCGAUGUCUUUAGUAGAUACAAUCGUGCAAAGAAUCGAAACACGCUCUACAUUUGCGGCACGGACGAGUACGGAACCGCAACAGAGCGCCAGGCUAUGAAGGAAGGCAAGACACCAAAGGAGUUGUGCGACCAUUACUGGAAAGUACACAAGAGUACAUACGACUGGUUUGAACUCGACUUCGACUACUUUGGACGAACUUCGACUCCAUUACACACUGAAGUAACGCAAGAAGUAUUCGUAAACUUGCGCAAGAAUCAGUUGCUGGAGAGAAAGGAGACAUUGCAGCUCUACUGCGAAGACGAUCAAAAGUUCCUAGCAGAUCGAUUUGCUGAGGGAACUUGCCCUUAUUGCUCCUACCCGGAUGCGCGUGGGGAUCAAUGUGAUGGCUGCUCAAGAACUCUCGAUGCCAUUGAGCUCAUCAAUCCUCGCUGUGUGGACAAUACGUCUCACAAAGUUGUGACGAAAGCUUCGACUCAUAUGUACCUUCGACUAGACGCCAUUCAGCCAAAGACAGAAGCGUGGAUCAAGCAGUCAUGGAAGAAGGGAAAAUGGGCACCAAACGCCGUUAUUAAUACACAAGGAGAAAUCAUUGACAGUAGACUCAAGCUGGGUCUCAAGCCAUCUGCAAUUACAAGAGACCUGAAAUGGGGCGUUCCGGUUCCGGCUGGAGGGGGUGUCGAUGAACAGGGCACGGAGAGCAAAGUUAUCUACUGCUGGUUUGAUGCGCCACUGGGAUAUCCAAGUAUAACUGCCAACCUUACAGCCGAGUGGAAGCAAUGGUGGUUUAACCCCGAUAAAGUCAAGCUGUUCCAAUUCAUGGGAAAGGAUAACAUCUAUUUCCAGCAAGUAUUCAUCUACUUCACCGUGUUCUUCCCGAGUAUGCUGAUUGGCGAUGGACGACCAUGGACAAUGCUUCAUCAUGUGUCUGGUACCGAAUUCCUUAAUUAUGAAGGCGGCAAGUUCUCCAAGUCGCGCAACCUCGGAGUAUUUGGCACGCAAGCUCAGGAGACCGGCGUCCCCUCGUCUGUAUGGCGAUACUACCUCCUGGCAAACAGACCUGAGACCGGAGACUCUAUGUUCUCGUGGAGUGACUUUAUUGCUGCAAACAACGGCGUAUUGCUAAAUAAUUUCGGAAACUUUGUCAACCGUAUCAUCAAGUUCACCGUCGCCAAAUUCCAGAGCACCAUCCCACCCGGGGAUGCCCCCGGACCUCUGAGGCUACCCGAAGACUCAGAGGACUACACAUUCGUCGCUGAUGUCAAUAAGCUCAUUCAUACAUAUAACACACUCAUGGAUGCUGUACGCAUCCGCGAAGCCGUUCAAGUGGUGAUGCAGCUAUCGGCACGUGGCAAUCUCUACCUCCAGAGCGCAGGUCUCAGCAAUCGCCUCCUCACAGAGCAGCCCGAGAGAUGCGCACAAGUGGUCUCGCGGGCUCUCAACCUCGUCUGGAUCCUGAGUGCCAUGAUCGGACCGUUUAUGCCUUCCACCGAAAGGAGCAUCUGUCAACAGCUCAAUGCACCUUUGCGCAGUAUCCCAGAUGGUAUCGCGGAAGGAGAAGCCGGAACAGAGGGUGCUGGCUUCUCGAUUGAUCUCCUCGGAGGCCACGUCCUGGGCACUCCGGACUAUCUCUUCACUAUGAUUGACGAUAAGGAGGGGAAGAAGACCGAGGAAUGGCGAACAAAGUUUGGGAGUAGCGCUCCUCCCGCAGCCAAUGCUCAGUCUUCAGGGGGAGCGACUGGGUCUAAAGGGAAGGGAAAGGCAGGAGGGAAAAAGGCAAACGUUGCAUCCGAAACGGGUGCUGAAGCAUCAACUAGUGGCGACGGCCUCGUUGCAGCCGUCAAGGAGAAAGUGAAGAAGGUGAAGGAGCCAAAGAAGAAGCCGAAGGUGGACAAUGGAGAGCCCUCUACUGCUCCAAAGCAGAGCGAGAGCGAUGUGGCUGCGAAGAGGGCAGAGGCGGAGGUAAAGAAGGACACGAUGGAGUCCACCACCUCCGAACCGCUUCCCAGCGCAGGCACAGGAGCUCAAGCUCUUGCUGACAGUAUCGAGCUCGACGCUACCACGAAAUAA